AUGUUGUCCACCACAGCAAAGGCGGUCCUCCGGGCCGGAGCUCGACGAAGCCUCCCGAAGGCUUCUCGAUCCCUGCCGAUUGCGACUCGGCUUUGCCAGUCAUCCGUUGCGCGACGAACCCUCUCCACCUCCUCGAAGCAGCUCACCGACUUGAGCACCCGCGGGAUCGUUAUUCAGACACUGAGCAGCGUUGGCUCUAAGAGAGAGGUUCAGCAGUACCUCUCGCACUUCACAUCUGUCUCCUCGCAGAAAUUUGCUGUCAUCAAAGUCGGAGGUGCCAUCUUGACUGAUUAUCUCGAUGAGCUUUGCAGCAGUUUAGCGUUCCUAUACCACGUGGGCCUGUAUCCCGUUAUCGUUCAUGGCGCCGGUCCUCAGCUCAACAACUUGCUUGAGGAUGCGGGCAUCGAGCCCCAGUUCGAGGAGGGCAUCCGGGUGACCGAUGCGAAGACGCUAGGCGUUGCGCGACAACUAUUCCUCGACGAGAACUUGAAACUCACACAGAAGCUCGAAGAACUAGGAGUACACGUCCGACCCAUCUCGAACGGCGUUUUCGAGGCCGAUUACCUGAACAAGGACAAGUGGGGUUAUGUUGGCAAGAUUACAAAGGUGAACAAGGAGACCAUCGAGUGGGCUAUCAAGCAUCGAUGCCUGCCAGUCCUCACGUCCCUUGCCAUGACGCAUGAGGGCCAGACCUUGAACGUCAAUGCCGAUGUAGCUGCCGCGGAGCUCGCACGAUCUCUUGAGCCUCUCAAGGUCGUCUACCUGUCCGAGAAGGGUGGUCUCUUCGACGGAAGUGGAGGAAAGAUCUCCGCAAUUAACCUGGACGAGGAGUUCGACUGGUAUAUGUCGCAGGAAUGGUGCAGGUAUGGCACUCGACUUAAGAUCAAGGAGGCCAAGCAACUGCUGGACACCCUCCCCCGCUCCUCCUCCGUCGCCAUCAUUCACCCGCAAGAUCUGCAGAAGGAGCUCUUCACCGAUUCCGGUGCCGGCACCCUUAUUCGCCGCGGAAACAAGCUCCUGUCCUCCAGCAGCAUCACCGAGGUCAACGAUGUUGAUCAGCUCAAGGAGGUCUUGGUUCGCGACCGCGAGGGCCCGAACGCUAGACAAACCGUUGAUACCUACAUCGAGUUCCUCAAGGAGAACUCGUUCAAGGCUUAUUACGAUGAGCCCAUGAACGCUCUAGCCAUUGUCCUCCCCCCUAGCGAUCAGCGCUCCCUGGCUACCCUGGCGACCUUGACCAUCACCAAAUCGGGCUGGCUGACAAACGUUGCUGAUAACAUCUUCACCGCGAUCAAGAAGGAAUUCCCCAAGCUAGUGUGGACCGUGAAGGAGGACGAUGAGAACCUUACCUGGUUCUUCGACAAGGCCGAUGGCAGCAUGGCUAGGAACGGUGAUGUUAUGUUCUGGUGCGGCAUCGAGGAUGGCAACGAGGUCGUGCAGGUGAUGAAGGACUUCGAGACCCACGGUCGUGAGAUGCUUGACAACUCUAACCUGGAGGCCCGUAUGCAGCGAGCUGCUCUCAAGGCCGCCGCAGCACAGGUUCAGGCCCAAGCGCAGCCAGCUUUCGCACAACAGGCUCGCGCAUACUCAACCUCAGCACGCCGUCCCGCGCUUCCCCGUAAGGCAUUUGGACAGCAGACUGCCCGAGGAUUUGCCACCACCACCAACCCGAACCCGCCUCUGGGCAAGAAGAAUGCCUCUACCAGCGAGCCCGCCAAGGUUGCUCUGAUUGGUGCGCGAGGAUACACUGGACAAGCGCUUAUUGGUCUUCUGAACUCCCACCCGUAUAUGGAUCUCCGUCACGUCUCUUCCCGAGAGCUGGCAGGUCAGCCACUGCAAGGCUAUGACAAGGCCGAUGUCACCUACGAGAACUUGAGCCCCGAUGAUGUUAGGGAUAUGGAGAAGCGGGGCGAGAUUGACUGCUGGGUGAUGGCUCUACCCAACGGCGUUUGCAAGCCUUAUAUCGAGGCUAUCCAUGAAGCCCGCAAGACUGCGACCCACAAGAGUGUUAUCGUGGAUCUUUCAGCCGACUACCGAUUCGACAAGUCUUGGACAUAUGGUCUGCCCGAACUUGUUGCCCGCCAGUCCAUUCACGAAGCUACCCAGAUCGCCAAUCCUGGCUGCUACGCCACUGCUGCCCAGCUCGGUAUCUCGCCUAUGGUUGAGCACCUCGGUGGACAGCCCACGAUCUUUGGUGUAUCCGGCUAUUCAGGCGCUGGAACUAAACCUUCGCCAAAGAAUGACGUCGAAUUGCUCACCAACAACCUGAUUCCCUACAGCUUGACUGACCACAUCCACGAGCGUGAGAUCAGCAGCCAGCUUGGCGUUGAUGUUGCUUUCAUGCCCCACGUCGCAGUUUGGUUCCAGGGUAUCCACCACACAAUCAGCAUUCCCCUGAACAAGACCAUGACUUCCCGGGAUAUUCGCCAGAUCUACCAAGAUCGGUAUGCAGGCGAGAAGCUGGUCAAGGUCGUGGGUGAGGCGCCUCUUGUGAAGGCAAUCAGCGGAAAGCACGGCGUUGAGAUCGGUGGGUUUGCGGUGCACAGCUCAGGCAAGAGAGUGGUUGUUUGCGCCACGAUUGACAAUCUGCUCAAGGGUGCCGCUACACAGUGUUUGCAGAAUAUGAACCUUGCUCUGGGUUAUGGGGAGUAUGAGGGCAUUCCAGUGAUGUAA